UAAAAUUUCAAACAGAUAACACUAGAUGGUUCUGGAAAGCUUGUUGCACACAGCACACUCUGUAUCGAUUGCGUAGAAUCAAGAAAUGUGCACACGGCGCUAGAUUAUACUCCUAAUAUAAAAUAGGCGUGCAAUAUUCCAGUCAGCGUACAGUAAACAGUGAAAUACCGGUCAGUGUUUUAAAAGCUUUCGAAGUAACCAAAACAUUAUACAGUCAUCAUGAGUCAAGCCGAAGGAGCCUGCUGCAAGAAGGAGCAAGUCAGCUGCAAAUGCGACGAUUUCAAAUGCUCAGAUUCCGGCAAAUGCGACCAAAGUUUCAAAUGUGACAACUGCAUAUGCUGCUCAACCGAGAAGAACUGUUGCAGCAAGGGUUGUGAGUGUGGAGACAGCUGCCAAUGCAGCUCUAAUAAGAAGGAUUGCAAAUGCUGCAAGUCCGAUGACGCUUCCUGUAAGAAACCAGAGGACGCUUCCAUCAAGAAGACUGAUGAUGCUUGCUGCAUUUGCAAAUGCACUAAUUGCAUAAGCUGCAAGUCCGAUGACGCUUACUGCAAGGAACCGGACGACGCUUGCUGCAAGAAGACUGAUGAUGCUUGCUGCAUUUGCGAAUGCACUAAUUGUAUAUGCUGCAAGUCCGAUGACGCUUCCUCUAAGAAACCAGAGGACGCUUGCUGCAAGAAGACUGAUGAUGCUUGCUGCAUUUGUAAAUGCACUAAUUGCAUAAGCUGCAAGUCCGAUGACGAUUGCUGCAAGAAACCGGAGGACGCUUGCUGCAAGAAGACUGAUGAUGCUUGCUGCAUAUGCGAAUGCACUAAUUGCAUAUGCUGCAAGUCCGAUGACGCUUUCUGUAAGAAACCAGGGGACGCUUGCUGCAAGAAGACUGAUGAUGAUUGCUGCAUUUGCGAAUGCACUAAUUGCAUAUGCUGCAAGUCCGAUGACGCUUUCUGUAAGAAACCAGGGGACGCUUGCUGCAAGAAGACUGAUGAUGCUUGCUGCAUUUGUAAAUGCACUAAUUGCAUAAUCUGCAAGUCCGAUGACGAUUGCUGCAAGAAGACUGAUGAUGCUUGCUGCAUUUGCGAAUGCACUAAUUGCAUAUGCUGCAAGUCCGAUGACGCUUCCUGUAAGAAACCAGAGGACGCUUGCUGCAAGAAGACUGAUGAUGAUUGCUGCAUUUGCGAAUGCACUAAUUGCAUAUGCUGCAAGUCCGAUGACGCUUUCUGUAAGAAACCAGGGGACGCUUGCUGCAAGAAGACUGAUGAUGCUUGCUGCAUUUGUAAAUGCACUAAUUGCAUAAUCUGCAAGUCCGAUGACGAUUGCUGCAAGAAGACUGAUGAUGCUUGCUGCAUUUGCGAAUGCACUAAUUGCAUAUGCUGCAAGUCCGAUGACGCUUCCUGUAAGAAACCAGAGGACGCUUGCUGCAAGAAGACUGAUGAUGCUUGCUGCAUUUGCGAAUGCACUAAUUGCAUAUGCUGCAAGUCCGAUGACGCUUCCUGUAAGAAAUCAGAGGACGCUUGCUGCAAGAAGACUGAUGAAGCUUGCUGCAUUUGCGAAUGCACUAAUUGCAUAUGCUGUAAGUCCGAUGACGCUUCCUGUAAGAAACCAGAGGACGCUUGCUGCAAGAAGACUGAUGAUGCUGGCUGCAUUUGUAAAUGCACUAAUUGCAUAAGCUGCAAGUCCGAUGAAGAUUGCUGCAAGAAACCAGAGGACGCUUGCUGCAGGAAGACUGAUGAUGCUUGCUGCAUUUGUAAAUGCACUAAUUGUAUAAGCUGCAAGUCCAAUGACGAUUGCUGCAAGAAGACUGAUGAUGCUUGCUGCAUUUGCGAAUGCACUAAUUGCUUAUGCUGCAAGUCCGAUGACGCAUCCUGUAAGAAACCAGAGGAUGCUUGCAACAAGAAGACUGAUGAUGCUUGUUGCAUUUGUAAAUGUACCAAUUGCAUAAGCUGCAAGUCCGAUGACGAUUGCUGCAAGAAGACUGAUUAUGCUUGCUGCAUUUGCGAAUCCACUAAUUGCAUAAGCUGCAAGUCCGAUAACGCUUCCUGUAAGAAACCAGAGGACGCUUGCAUCAAGAAGACUGAUGAUGCUUGUUGCAUUUGUAAAUGUACUAAUUGCAUAAGCUGCAAGUCCGAUGACGAUUGCUGCAAGAAGACUGAUGAUGCUUGCUGCAAGAAACCGGACGACGCUUGCUGCAAAAAGACGGACGUUGUUUGCUGCUAGAAGUGAAGAGCGUUGUUUUGGGAAUCAGUACAUUACAAUUAUGAGGUCUAAGCAAUUGCUGCAUAUAUUUUAUAAUAGGGAACAUAAUAUGUUAAGAUGAAAGUAUUCCUAUGUUUCAAAAUUACUUUCCAAAUGACGAUAUAUUGUUAGUCCAUGUGUAAAUUGAUUGCUUGAUUAAAAAGUCUAUG